CGGUAACUUAUCAGUCUCGGACAAGGCGUCGACUCGUGCUAUUCCAUAACGUUUUGGUGCUUUAUCAUAAAUAAUUACCGGAAAGCUUUGUAGUGAGUUGAUUUUGUGUGCUUGUGAAUUUAAAUAUGAACUUUAUUUAAAAAAAUCAACCGGAUGCUCGGACAAGUGGAAAGUAUCAAAAAUAGGCACGAAUGGAAUUGUUUCAUAUAAAUGACUAAAAUUUACUCGUGUAAAGAGAACCGACAUUGACGAUGAAGAUCUUGCGCAUCAUUAUUCUACUUUCUUGUGUUGGGAUUAGCUAUACGGUAGCACAACGUCGACAGCAGAAUGCCGACGAGGUUCAACCAGAGACUCAACCCAGUCCGGUUGCCGCUACGCGUGGCAGAGGUAGGGCACGUUUCGUGAAAACGCCCGAAUUUGAGCAAGUAAGUUCGGACUAUGCGGCUGCCGCCAGAAGCUCGGCCUCCGAUGGGCGAUCGGAAGGUAAAUCUCGUUCACUAGGUGCUGGCAAUAAUAGACGUAAUAGCAUUAGUAGCACUAUUAGUUCUACCAAACGUCUGUAUGAAGUUGAGGAAAUUGUCGAUGACAUUCCAGAUAGAUCUUCAGUCUAUCAUCGUCCUCGGGUGAUCACCGAAGACAAGUUUGAAAUUCCGAACGCUCCCAGAUCGACGUUCUCUGAACCUGGGUUGGCUACAGGUCAAGCUGGUCCACAAGCGCCAUUGCCUGUUGAUGAAUUGAUCAGAAAUUUUGGUUCAUUGCGUAGUGAUGAACCGACCAAGUUGGAAUUACCACAGGUGUUCCCACAAGUUGAAUAUGAGUCGGAACCUAAUGUGGUGUCCAGUACGACUAAUAAAGCUGAAUCUGUUGAGGUUUCAUCUAGUACGACAGAGAAAGAAAUGGAAAGGGAGUUGAUGAAGAAAGAUCAAAGCACAAAACGACCUGAAAGUACUACUGCUGAGGUUACAAGCACAACUGCUGCCCAAGCUAGAAGGACUGUUAUUAGAACCAGAACAAACGCUCGUCAAUCAACAGCAACGGAAUCUUCUUCAACAAGUGCUCCAGUAAGGUCUAGAGGUAGAUCUAAAUCUACUGCAAGUAAUAAGGUUGAUAACACAGAGCCAAUAGCAAGAAGAGCAUCAACAGCUGAAGAAAACACCGAAAACAGUACUCGCGGUAGUUUCCGUGUGGGACGUAGAAGACCAACGCCUACUUUAAAAGAUCGCGGUCCUUCUAUAACAGAAGAAGAUUCUCUAUCACCUAAGACUAGAACUGGUCGUGAUUCUAAUAUCAGUUCAUCUCCACCUGUUAGAAGGGGUUCAGUACGAAGUGCUACUCCUAGAUCAUCAGCAGCAGUAGCUGCAGCAUCAUCAGAAACUGUUGAAGCAACCACACGUAAUCGGGCAGAUGUUAGAAGAUCAAGAGGUAGAAAAUUGGAAACUUCCCAAACAACAGAAAAUGCCCCAAGUGUCAAUGUCAAUAGACCUACUGAAUUUGCAAGUCGUAGAACCAGAACUCGUACCCAGGUGAAUCAACCUGCACAAGAACCCACAGCACCUGCAUCUCGUCCAUCAGGUUCCGGAAGAAGUUUUCAAGAACCAAUUAGAUCCAGAACAACUGCCGUUGAUAACACCGCUCCGUCUGCACCUGCAAGAGAUUCUAGGAGUAGAACAAGAUCACGAUUCCAAUUGGGAGACUUAGAAAAUGUCAGGUUAGAACCACAACAAAGUGUAGAACAUAGCACCAGAGCACUCCCAAGAAGAACAGGACGUACUAGACCACCAGUUGUACACGCGGAAGAACUGAUUGCUUCAUCAACAGUAGAAAAUCCCAUUAGGGUUACCCUACCACCAACUUCCACAAUUCGAAGUGUCAAUGCCAUACCAACCAGAGUAAAGGAAAGCGUUCACAGUGAAAUUACCGAAGUAGUUAGCAGUAGAAAGGUUACUCGGCGAAAAAAGCCCGAAGCGAAAGCGGCAAGACAAAAAAGCCAAGAAGAAGACGACAUUGAUGACUUGAAUUAUCCGCCACAAUUCAAAGCAAUUAUUCUCGCUAAUAAAUCAAGAGACGAUAAAAAGUCGGAUUCAGCGGCAUUGUCAUCAUUGUCACCAUCAUUUAGCGAUAGUAGUACAUCAACUUCAACGACUACUACCAGUUCAACCACGAGUAGUACUACUACUGCCGGAACGUUAACUACAUCAACAUUAUUUCCUCCUAAGCAUGUAGAAGAUGUUGAUAAUGAUUUGGCACCAACUCCACGUCCAACGCGUCGCCGCUUUUCAGUGAGCACUCGCAAGCCUAACUUUGACAGUCCUUCGACAACACGCAAGCCAAAAACUUUACCAACACGAAAACUAGUUGCCAAUCCAGAUUCCGAAAAACUCGCCAAAUUCCAUGCUCGUUUUAACAAUCAAUACCAACGCAACAAUACACGCAGUCAUGAUGAAGCUAUUUCCUCAACGCUUGCUACAACUACUAAACGCACAACUAAACCACCCAGCAAAAUUUCGUACACUAGAAAACCGGAUAAAUUAGUAGAACGGAAGUUCAACCAGACAAAGUCCAACCGAUAUAGUGCAAGAUAUCGCAGCGAGGCAAGAUCAUCAGCACCGACACGUGCAGCAACAACGCCGCCAUUGUACGUGCCAACUGUACCAACUGUCACGCCCGCAAGCGCACCAUUAGCAACCCACCAGGCCCCCAAAACAAAUGACGAACGUGCAAUAAGCGACGAGAAUGACGAUAUCAAAAUCAUUUCAAUCGCCCAACCAAAUGCGAAUUCCCUGUAUUCCGAUAAUUUGGUCACUGAAAAUAAUACCACGGUCAACGCCGGCGACGCGACAAACCAACCGACAGGGUCUAUACUCGAACGAAUAAUUAAUUCGAUAUCGUCUAUAUCGACGACGACCGCCAAACCGGACGCGAAAGUCUCGCCCACGGAGACGGCGAUAUUAAAAAUUCCACCCCCGCCCAAGAAGAAAGACGAGGAGAUUGUUCGGACCACGAAAGCAUUGACUACCGAAAAACCUACGACGAUCAUUGAACGCAUUUUAAAUAGUUUGUCGGCUAUACAAGCGAGUGAUAAUAAUGUAGGUAACGUCGGCGCUAGCAACGAGCUGGACUCGAUUCUAGACGUGCCCGCUUUACGCAAAGUGCCCACUUUGGUAACGGGCGCACCCCCAUCCAGUGUAUCUUCUUCUACACCCCCUGCCACUACCACUACAACCACUUCUGCCACCACAAGCACUAUGAAGGUUGCACUCGCACCUACGAAACUACCUAUUCAAAGCACUGUGGCUAUCUCUUUGGCUGAUUAUUUAGCUUCCCUUGGUAUUACCAAAACACAAGGUACCCCUACUACUCAAGACAGUGCUGUUACCAGCACUACACCAUCAAUAUCUACAACGGUUAUAGACGAAAGUAAAAACACUAUUGAUUACAUUGGUACUACCACCACAACUCUUGGAAGUACAACUAUUACAAUGAGUCCGACAAGUCCAACAACAAACCCUCCUGUUACUACCACAUUGAUGGCUAGUACUACAACCAACCCACCAACAACAACAGAUAAUUGGUUGGCAAAGAUUUUGGGUCUUGAAACAACAACAGAAAUGAUCACAACUACUACCACUAUGAAACCGGAUUCUACUACCAUGAAAUUCUUUGAAAGUACCAUCACAACAACAGAUGUAACUGGUAUACCUGAAGUGACAACUGAAAGUCUUAGUACAGUGGUGAAUCCGUUGAAUAUUGAGUUGUCUACUCCGAUUAUAAAUGUAAGUCCAAACUCAGUGACAAUAACUUCACCAAGUGACAGCCCACCAACGACUAACUCGAAUAAUCGCACCGGAAAACUCCUCGAAAAGCUCGUCGAAGAAAUCAAUAACGAAAUAACAUCAUCAAAGCAAAAUAACAACGCAACUAAUGCGCCCAGCAGUACGAAUUCAACGAUGUCCCCCGAAGACUAUUUCAUUUUUGCGGUCUUGCCCAACAAUACGAUCGUCCGCAAGCGCCCGCGCAAAAUCAGUGCACCCUAUUUUAUCUACGGGGUAUACCCAAAUAAUACGAUAAUUCGGAAGUUCCCGAACGGUACGCUUGUGCCGGACGAUCCCGUCGUGCAAGAUUUAACGGAGGUAAAUCAACUGUCGCUUGAUUUAAAUGACACGGCGACAUUGACCAACAAAACACUUGAAGAAUACACUAGUUUAAUCAAUCAAACAAUUACGACUGCACCGAGUACUACUACUACUGAUUCUGCAAUGAGUACCACUCCGGCAUCGGUAACCAGCACCGAAAUGAAUGAUUUAUCUGAUGCUGAUAUUAUUUCGACUGAAAUGAGUAUUGAUGUUACCACCUUAAAUGAACCAAUGAUCAUUGAACUUGGACCGACUACUGUUGGUAACGACGAGUUGGUCGAGAAUAUCACGGUUACUUCGGAACGUAUCGAGACUACUACCAAUUUGGGUAUAAUUGAAAGUAAAAGUAGUUUUGAAAGCGAACCGAUUGAGGACCUCGAAGAUACAACGCUACCGAUGCCGGAUACUAGUACAAUUGUAAUGACUAGUACGAGUAGUGCAGAAACCACGAUCACACCAGCUCCGAUUAGUACGGAUUGGACAAUAAAUCCGACGUCGCACAGGCGGUUUAGAUUGCGACUGAUACGGCGUCGACGACCUAUCAGAAUGGAGUUUUUGGAGAUUAUACGGACCACUACGUUACCAACAUCAAGUGACGAACUUGACAAUGAAAUUAGAAAUAGUGGCAGCACGUCUAGAGUUGAAGAAAUUUCAACAGGUUUUCCGAGUACUACGGCUAGGCUUUCUACAACUGUGCCGUACAGUACCACUGCAUUGCCUACUACUACUACUAGGCCCACUACAAGAAGAACCACUAUCACUACCACCACUGUUCCUACUACAACCAGACCCAGAACAACCACAACCAGGGCUACAACCACUACAAGACCUAGAACUACUACUCCUUUGUAUAUCCCUCCUACCACAACUGAUUUGACUACUUUUAUUGCUAAUGUCUUGAGUACUUUGAGACCUGUGUAUACUCCUACAACUAUUCUAACAGUUCCAACUACUACUGAAACCACUACAGCUCCCACGGUGACUAUUACAGCUCGUAGAAGGACUACCACUACUACUGAAGCUACCACGACUACGGAACCGACUACAACUGUACGUGUGACUACGGCCAGACGCCGUACCUUGCCCACUACAACCACAGAACCUACUUUUAUAACCCAACGUCCAUUUAGGGAAAAUAUUGUUGCAAGUACAAUUCCUACUACAACAUUUAGGUUGGAUACCACUACGAUUGAUCCUAGUACACUUGAUAUUGAUGAAAUAGUGAAGAAAUCUAAGAAGAAGUUGUCACCUCAACAACUAGAAGAAAUUGAACAACUGAAAGCGUUGGAAAGGGAGCAGGCUAAUUUACUGCAACAAUUGUCUUUGCUAACUAAUUUGAAUUUAAAUGGUCAACCUAAGAAGAAUAGUGGAGGUGGUAACCUUGCAAAUAGAAUUGUUCAGUUUGCUAAAGAACGUGAUCUAACAACAACAGAGUUACCAAUAUAUACAGAAAUACCAUCAACACGUAUUCCAAAGAAACUUCCUGUGUUAGAUUCAAAGGGUACCACGGUUGAGGAUAUUAUCAAAGAAUUAAACGCUGCACAAAACUCGCUUGGAGAUGGGGGUAGAAGUCAGGAAGCAAUUAUUGCUGAAAUUCUAAAACAACGAGGAAUUGAACCUAGUACUCCGAAAUCACUAAGCGAUGCUUUCAGAACGACUACGACAAGACGUCCAAGAACUACAACAACCCAACGACCAGGUCGGUUAAUGCAGGGCUUAAAUUGGUUACUUACCCAAUUUGGUGGACCACAACCAGCCGCACCCGCACCAGCUCCACCUCCAACCAGACCUAGAACAACCCGACGUACCACUACAACUCCACGUGCAGAUGAUGAUGAAUUACACUUUCAAUCUACUGAAUUAAACAAUGUCAUACACAAUACUCCUAGCAAUACAUUUAAACGACCUGUGAAUUCUCUGAGUGAUGAAGAACUCAGCAGACUUAUAAAUCAACUUGAAGCAAUUCAACGUGAUCCUAAACAAGCACAGAAUCUGGAUAUUACUCCUUUUAGAAAACUGCAGGCGCAAUCAACAACUUUGAAUAACAAAAAUGUAGAGAUAUUUACUACUGGUGGGGGUAGCAGUCAAGUUACCAGAUCACCUAAAGAUACUGGAAGUAAUAGGGUGAGAACUGCCAAGUCAACGACUUCAAACUCAAUUGAAGACCUAGACGAAGACAACGAAGUCACGACGGCACGUGCACGCGCUCCGGCGACAAGAGCCCGUGCAACUUUACCUCCAGUAGAGUUGAAUCACGUGCCUGGAAUCGAAGAUAACGCGCAGGGGCCGCAAAUCGGUGGCAAUUUUCUGAAUGCCGCUGUAAAUGUAACGAGAGCAAUCUCAACGUUCCUCGGUGCUGCCAUUCAGGUGGCUGCCAGACAGGUGGCGUCGAUGAUAGCGAUUGGCUCUAGAGGCCUUGCCGCCUCAUCUCCGACAGACUCAGCAACGUAACACUGAAAACUGAUUGCAAUAAUGAAACGUUUAAUAAGUUGACCGUAUAAGGAGAUUAAUUUACAAUAAGUAGUGACGUACUAAAACAAACCGUACAUUCUACGAAACAUUAACAAUUUUUUAUCCUUAUCGUCUCAUUAGACUUUUAUCAUAGCAAUUCUUUUAUUAUGCAUCUUUUUAUACACGAAACAACUUACGUUACUGAUCUAGUCGUGUAAUUCUUGUGCCAUGAAGUUUUUAUUCUACUUCCACUUCAUGGAUUUCCUUCAUACACAUUAUAAAUUAAACUUAUCGACACUAAUUAUCACCACGCACAUAAACACAUUUGCUAAUUACUAAUAUUUUCAUGUAGGGAGCUGCUCGUUCCUUUCAGUCCGCGAUCGGCUCAAGUUCCAGUUCGGCCGGCGGUUUGUUCCGGGCGUCAGGAUAAGUUACUAAAACUCGCUUGAAGCAAAUUAGACGAAUCUAGAAUUCUGUUUGGAAAAAGAUUACAAACACGUUGCUUUUUCUAGAUGAGAAUUUGCGGAGACUUUGAUUUGCUUCUUUCAAACUGAAAUUAUACAACUAUAUAAUUCUCAAAAUUUUAAUUAUUUAUUCCAAGUAAUCUAGAUACCUACUUUAUUCUUUUAGACAAUCUAUUUGGUAGAUUUAGAAAAUGAAAGCAGAGACGAAAUUGGAGCUAAUAGUUGGUGAUAUACUUUUGUAGAGUACGAUAGUGUAUGAUGUAGUCAGAUAAGUGCAGUCAAAUGGUGUAUAUUGUUACUUAAGUCAUAUGUUACUACUUUGGUGACAUCAGUUCCAUUAUUUCUUUUACUUUGGUUUCUGUAUUUGUGAAUUAUGUGUAAAUAUUUCUUUGUAUAUAAAUGUCAACCUUUAUAAACAUAA